AAAAUUAUGUAAGAAUUGUGUCGUAUUUGUGGUUAUCCGUAUGAUAGAAAACUGAUAGAUUUUUCCUCGGUUUUGCUUCAAUUUUUUUUCUUUUAUAAAAGAACAAGGGAUUAUGAUCCUUGCGAACUAUUGUUGAUAGUUGAUACUUGGAUGUAUUUAGUGUGGUAUUAACAAUGUUACAUUUGCGUUGAAAGAGGAUUUUGUGAAAUUCAAGGUUCAUCUCAGAGUAAUAAACUUAAAUGACCAUUAGGAAAGGAUUUUGCAAAAUUUAUGUGAGGGAAGAAUGUAGGUUUAGACCAUGAAAACAGGUUUGCUGCUCGGAGUAUAGGUUUAAUGCUGAAGAAACAACAGUAAGAAAGGAACCUCAAGAGCAUUAACUGCAGGAAAGGCUUCCAAAGCACAGUUUUUUUUUAAUUACCAGUAGAAAAUAAGGACUUUAAAUAUAUAUUGCUGAGAAAAUAGCAAAUAGAUGAAAGAAAAAAUGCAAACAUCACCAAAAUGAAGUCAUCGUAUGAAGAUAAACUGCACUUAAUAAGUGACUUGUUUAUACACCGUGUGCAUUUUUCAUUUACAUUAACAAGCAGGCUUCAGACAUUAUCAUGACUUGGAUAAAAACAGAAGUUUAUAUGAUUUUAAUGAGCUUUUGAUGUAUUCAGUGAAGAGAUACAUUUAAAAUGAGUUUCGGUCUGUGAAGUAAUUACAACCACUGAUUAUAUGGCAGCUAUGGAAACUGUGGUCGCCGUCGCUAUUGGAAUAUUGUUGACGAUAUUUAUAGCAUCGCUGGUAGCGUUGAUACUAGUGUGUCGGCAUAAAUACUGCCGACGGAGGGACUUGAUCUCACAGCAGCAUAGAGAAACUAGACCUGAUGUCCAACUGAUAGACGAAGAACCACAUCGGUCCAAAUCUGAGCUGGAGUUGGGCGAAGUGGAAAUAUCAAAUCCAAAAUUAGACGAAAUAUUGAAAAAUGACCACUGGGUAGAUGAUGCCUCGGGUCUGGUACCACACUGCAUCGCUAUUUUAAAAACAUGUCACGACCUGGCAGAGCGUCUUGUUGGCAUGACUAUGAACAAUUCCGACAAGAUACAUACAGAAGAAAUGUUAACAGAAAUAGUCUCAGUUGCAAAGAGAAUCAGCCCCCGUGUUGAUGAAGUUGUGCAAUCUAUGUAUCCACCGUUAGAUCCACGGCUGUUAGAAGCAAGAUGUACAGCGUUAGUUCUCUCAGUUAGUCAUUUAGUUCUGGUCACAAAACAAGCAUGCAGAUUGUCACAAAAUAUUGAUUGGAUAGACCAGUCAUUAGCUGAUGCAGAUGAUCAUUUAAAAGUUUUGCAAGAAGCCAGUUUUAACUUGGCUCCUGAUGUACGAUCUCCAUCAAACUCAGUUGCUUCUGUUGAUAGUCAACAACCAAUGAUGAAUGGUCAUGUGACUCAUUGUAGCCAAUCAUCACAGGUCUAGCAAAUAUAGCUUCAGCCAAUCAAAAAAAGUGUUGUUUCUGUAAGCAGUCAGAAGCAGAUUCUGAUUGGUCAGUUAAGCUUCAGCUUCUACAGACAAUUUGUUAUAGUCUUUGUGAUUGGUUGAGUGACUUGUUACAACUAUGAUACAAAGCUUCACAGAAUAAACAGAUGUAUUGCUUCACCUGGCAUUCUGCAGUAGAUUUAAGCUUAUGUAAAUAACUAGCAGCAGGCAUUGUGUUGUGUUACAGAUUAUAACCAAUCACUGCAGCUGUAGCAAGUAAAGCUUCAGCCAAUCCUAAGUGUUGUUUCAACUAGCAGACUUGAGCAGAUUGUUGAUGGCCAUUUCGAGUCAAGUAAAGAAGUAGUGAACGACUGCAACAGAUUUUGUGGUUAUUUGUACUGACUCAUUACAACCAGUCUUUGCAUGUGUAUAAAGAAAACAAACAGUUACCAGGUGUUGAUACUUGAGAUAGUCAGCCAGACAUGUUUGGUCAGAUGACUUGUUGUGAGAGAUCAGUACAGGACUUACAAGUUAACCAAGUCAUUAUAGUGAUGUUUUCUAUAACAUAAAACAGGUAAAGCCAUUGGUCAUGUUAUUCAUUGUGACCAAUCACCAAAGAACUGAUACACAAGGCCUUGUUGUUCAAAUCGGAGCAUCAUUUCUGCAGUCUACAGAUUGUGAACAAUAAGCAUACCAGCUUCAACAUCAGAGAUUGUCAGCAGUGCCAAUAUUAUUUUAAAAGGACAGCUGAGUGUAUCAGUCUUUAGACUCCUUUGUUAAGGAUCGUUAUUUUAAGGUGGAUCUUGUUACUUUGUUAAAUUAUUUAAGGUGAUCAUGUGAUUUAGUUAAACAUGGCUUGUAGUUCUAUAUAAAGAUUCAUGUGCAACCAGAAUCUGAUGUACUACAGACGCAUAUAAAUCUGUAAAAGUGCAUCUGCUUUGAAAAUAUGGUUUAGGAAUAUUUUUGGCAUUUUAAAAUAAUGAAGUUGAAAGGAAGAUGUUUCAUUCAGAACAAGGAAGUUGUGUUGAGACGCAGCUGAAAAUAUAAAAUGUUGUGGCUUAUGCUUUAACCUUUAGACAUGAAUAAUUUACAACUUCUUGGUUGAGAACAGUAAAAUCUCACUUCUAGUCACUCAAUUUAGCUGGAAGCAUUCAUACCAUUGCACUUCAUGUUUUGAAGGUUACCGGAAGAUUUAUGACAAAAAAUCAGCAUCUCUGAGAGCAGAACUCGCAGUUGGUACUUCAGAGUGGGUUGAGUGUAACUUAAUAUUUUGUCUUGUCUUCUUGUGGUGAUUAAUCUUUGACCAUUUCAUUUGCAGGCUAAACAUAAAAGAGUUCAUUACUCUUAAACAUUGUUUUCUGACACAGAUAAAAAAGUCAUAAUUGAGCCGCACCAUGAGAAAACCAACAUAGUGCAUUUGCGACCAGCAUGGAUCCUGACCUGCCUGCGCG